UCCAGCCCUGGGCUCCCCAGUGCAAGGCAGCGCCAGCCAUACUGGAGAGAACUCUCACCCCAGUGCCCCUCCCACUUUCCGUUGGGCUCGGAAUGUUGGUCAGUUGGAGCCCACGGCCACCAGAGACAGCAGCACGGAGCCGUGCUGGCACACAGGAGCACUGGGAGGAGGCAGGAUCUGGCCGAGCAGCACCAAGCCGGCACCGGCGCCUCGCUUCCCAUCCCCGCUGUCGCCGACUGGCCCGCGUCCUCGGUCCACGGCGAGGGUCCUCCUCUCCCGGGCAGGAUGGGCCAGGCCAACUGCUGCUGCGGCUCCAGGGAGGCUCUCGCCGACGCUGAGCCGGUGCUGAGCGCGGACGUGCGGCUGACCCGGGGCCGCAAGAGGAGCGAGAGACGCCUUCUCCUCCUCCAGGAGGAAUUGGUGAUCGCCAAGUUGCAACGCGGCACCACGCUGCGCCCACAGCUCCGCCUGGCCCUGGACCAGCUGUGGGUGCUGAGCGGCGGAAAGGAGACAGCAGGGGAGGAAAAAGAGGAGGAGGAAGGCGGCGACGAGGACAUCCUCAUCCUCGUCUGGCCCACCGGCUCCUGCGUCGUCACCUUCGGCUCCCGGGCGCUGAAGGAGCUGUGGGUGGGCACACUGCUGGGGACACCAGGAGGAGCAAAGCGAGCCCGGGUGACCCAUCUUCCCUCCCUCAAACCCCUGGAGAAGGAGCUGAGCCGCCGCCACGCUUGGAGGACACUCAGCGCCGGGAGCCUGGAGAGGCUGAUCGAGGACCAGGCAGAAGAUCAUCCCAAGCAAGGGCCACCGACAGCCCCGUCUGGGAACAAGGGAGACGGACUUUGCCGCUCACCAGGUGAGUUUUGGAAAGAAAACCAACCUCCUGCAAAUGGUUGAGCUGUGCUCACUUGUCCCUUCAGUGUCGCCAAGCAGGUGUGGCACCCCAAGGGAGGA